UCAGUUCCCUCGGGAGCCCUUAUCAGCUUACUCCAAGCUGAGCCGAGGAGCAAGUAUUCUGCGACAGCGUGAGAGGGCAACAGAGAUGGAAUCCACAGGGUUCCUUCCUUUCCUCUUUCUUCUUCUGAGCGUUCUUCUUUUCCUCCUCUUCACUCGCUUAUGGGUUGAUCUUCCUUACCCGUCCUUCGACAAGGCAGAGCUACUCGGUUGCUCCUCCUACUCGCCGUGGUGCACCUCCAAGAAUCGCUUCCAGUCCAAGCCCCAUCUCAUCCGAAACCCAGAAAAUACGAAGCUGCAACGCAACCACAAUGCCCAAGUUCCACACCACCCACUAGACCCACUCACCAUCCAAGAAAUCAACAAAGUCCUUACAAUCUUCUUAUCCUACCCACUCAUCUCUUCUUCCUCCUUCACCAUCCAUUCCUUAGUUCUCCAGGAACCGGAGAAACCCCUCGUUCUUUCUUGGAAGAAAGGCGAUCCUCUCUUACCAAGGAGAGCUUCGGUCGUAGCACUCGUCAACGGCAAGUCCCAUGUGCUCACCGUCGACCUGGAUUCAAGCCAAGUCAUCAGACACGACCUGGGUUCGCCGUUCGGGUACCCCAUGAUGACCAUAGAGGAUAUGAAUUCGGCGACAUGGGCUCCUCUGGCCGACGCUAAUUUCAACCGUACGAUCCUCAACCGAGGGAUAAAUUUGGCUGAUCUUGCUUGCCUCCCCAUAUCGACGGGAUGGUACGGGAAGAAGGAAGAAAAUAGGAGACUGAUCAAGGUUCAGUGCUACUCCAUGGAAGGAACCGCGAACUUCUACAUGAGACCCAUCGAAGGUCUCACUGUCCUUCUCGAUAUGGACACCAGGGAGGUGGUCGAGAUCUCCGAUAAAGGCCAACACAUUCCCAUUCCGCAAGCUGCCAACACCGAUUACCGAUACGCAGCGCAGAACAAGCCGCUACGAAUGAAGCCUCUGAACCCAAUCUCCAUCGAACAGCCGAAAGGGCCGAGCUUUAGCAUCGAGAACGAGCACAUGGUGAAGUGGGCGAACUGGGAAUUCCACCUCAAGCCCGACCCCAGAGCCGGUGUGAUCAUCUCCAGAGCCAUGGUUCGGGAUUCGGAGACAGGGGAGCUAAGGAGCGUGAUGUACAAGGGGCUGACGUCGGAGUUGUUUGUGCCUUACAUGGAUCCAACAGAUGCUUGGUACUUCAAGACGUACAUGGACGCCGGCGAGUACGGCUUCGGUCUCCAGGCGAUGCCGCUCGACCCGCUUAACGACUGCCCACGAAACGCUUAUUACAUGGACGGUGUAUUCGCGGCAGCCGACGGUAAGCCGUACGUCCGGUCGAACAUGAUUUGUGUGUUCGAGAGCUAUGCGGGUGAUAUCGGUUGGCGGCAUUCUGAGAGUCCGAUCACCGGCAUGGAGAUACGGGAGGUGAGGCCAAAAGUGACGUUGGUGGUCCGCAUGGCAGCAUCAGUCGCGAACUACGACUAUAUCGUGGAUUGGGAGUUUCAGACUGAUGGACUAAUCCGAAUCAAGGUUGGGCUCAGCGGUAUCCUAAUGGUGAAGGGUACCCCAUACGGAAACAUGAACAAGGUGCCCCAGGAAGAGGACCUCUACGGUACCCUCUUGUCGGAAAACGUCAUCGGUGUCAUCCAUGAUCAUUACAUCACAUUCUACCUAGAUAUGGAUAUCGACGGCUCCGAUAAUUCAUUUGUGAAGGUGAACCUGGCGAGGCAAGACACCCUGCCAGGAGAAUCGCCUAGGAAGAGCUACUUGAAGGCUACGAGACAUGUUGCCAAGACCGAGAAGGAUGCACAGAUCAAGUUGAAGCUUUAUGACCCUUCAGAGUUUCAUGUGAUUAACUCGAAUAAAAAGACCAGAGUUGGUAACCCGGUCGGGUAUAAGGUUGUACCCGGGGGUACAGCUGCUAGCCUUCUUGAUCACCAGGACCCUCCCCAGUUGCGAGGCGCGUUCACAAACAACCAGAUUUGGGUGACACGGUAUAACCGGAGUGAGCAAUGGGCGGGUGGGGUUUUUGUGUACCAGAGCCAGGGAGAAGACACUUUAGCUGUAUGGUCUGAGAGGAACCGUCCGAUCGAGAACAAAGACAUUGUGUUGUGGUACACACUAGGAUUUCAUCACAUACCAUGCCAGGAGGAUUUCCCAAUCAUGCCGACUGUAUCGUCAAGCUUCGAUCUGAAGCCUGUGAAUUUCUUUGAGAGCAAUCCCGUUCUCCGAAUGCCACCAAAUUAUGAGAAGGACCUACCAGUUUGCAGGCCUGCCGCAGCAGCUUGAAGGAGUAGGUUAAUUUAGGGUAAGUGGACUAUGAAUGAUGUAUAAUCCAUUCAUACAAGAAUGAAGAAUCGCGUGUAUGAACUUCAAGAAAUGGCUGUUUCUUCGUUAGAAAGUCCAUCUAAAGUAAGUGAGCAUGUAUAUAAUUGACCCUAUCCCCUUUCUCAGUAGAAAUCUGAAGAACUGUAAAUGUUGCAACACCCACGCUGUGAUGUUGAACUCCAUCUUUGAUAACAUCCAUGUUAUGUUGCACUUUUGCACUCAUUUUAGGUAGUUUCAGGUUACAACAUUACAGUGAGAGUAUUGCAACAUUUGCAGUUAUACAAUGUUUCAUGGUAUUGUACUGAGACCGGUCUCUGUACCCUAGAAUGCUCUCAAAUUAUUAAUAUUUUACUUCAUUCCAAAGCAGUCAGUCACUCGACUGCCAGCCCUGGAACAGAUAACUCA